AUGAUUGCUAUGCAAGAAUACUUUUGUAUGCUCUCAGAGCAUCACGGGUCAAAUUGUUUUGUGCUCGUGGUCGACAAUGCAGCAACUCCACAAAAGCAGCAAGGAAAAAAAGAAAAAAACAAGUACAGUCGACGGCGGUCUUCUUGUGGCUAUUCCUCGUCGGAUGAAAAGCAGGAUCUCAAGUUUUCGGUUGUCAGUCCGGAAGACGACAAGUGUCCAAGUCGGCCAAGGCGAACCUUGGAUGUUGAUUAUGAAGCUGUCUGCCUCCUCGCAAAUUCUGAAACGGUUGUCAUUGCAGCAGCAGCUGUGGCAGCACCGAAGAACGACCACGCCCAGAAUAUCUGGUCUUUGAAUCCAUCCCAUUUUCAGUAUUCGCGCAACAUUGCUACACGAAACGAGACCUCCGUGAAGGAUGACACCCCAAACUCCGAUUUGAUAUCAAGAGAAGCUAGAUGGAAAUUUUGA